AUGGCAAGAAAUCAUGCUGAGAGAGAAAGGAGCUUGUGGCAGACCGGAGGUCAUGUUGAAAGAAGCCGCCAUCAGGAAGGCUGAGUCCCUCUUGACCCAAACGAUUCUAGCUAAGGAGAUUCCGCGCUGGAAUACCUGCGAACAUUACGUACACAUUGAAGCUACUCUACAAAGGAAAGGUCGAGAAAAACAAACAAUUCAGUGAAAGGCAGAACGGUGCCAACAUACCCACGCCCUUCCUGGGACAAGGUGGGGAAGAGAAACGAUAACACCCCCCCCCCCCGACUUUGGCGAAUUUGGCUUUAG